UCAGUUGAUUGUCAAGUUCAAGUUAGAGAAUCGGAUCUUGUCUUAGAUUUUUCUUAAAAUAUAAAUGAGCUAAUUCUUGUUAAACUAUGAAAGUUCGUUCUACUAUUGAGUAACAAAAUGUCUGCAGCCGACCGCGGGUAUUUACACAGUUUAAAUAAUUUGUUACAACAGGAUUACCGCGGGGUGAAUAUAGCGGUUUACGCACUAGCCACUGCAGGCCUCGCUGUCUCGCUGCAUAAGAUCCGUCCGGUUAGCAAGUUUUCUAAAGCAAGUCAAGUCCCGAACCACUUCAUCAAGCAGCAUGAGCUGCUUCGAGGGCGCUACGCCGGUAUACAACACUCCCCCCUGAGGGUUCUGGUGGAUCACCGCGCGCCGAUCUACUUACCGCUAUGGCAUUCCAGUAAACCGCCGCUGCCAGUCAAGUUGUGGGGUGUUGACAUAGUGAGUGGGAAUGCUGUCAACUGGUUAGAGUGUGUGGCGCGAGGUCAGAAGGUCACUCUGAAGCCCAUAGCCAGGGACAAGGACAGCCUGGUUUCCACUGUUCAGUUGCAUUUAGAACAAUCCAAGACAAAGGAAGUGGAAACUCUAGAUCUUGGCCAAAAGCUGGUUGAACUUGGUUUUGCUAAAGCCUCUGUACCACAAAGUAUUGGGAAGAAUUCCAUUGAGUUCCAACUAGCACCUGCCAUAUUGUCAGCAGAAAAACAUGCCAAAAAGUACCGCAAUGGUGUGUGGUCCGAAAAACUGCCUCCUAUCCCAAUAUACACUGUAUAUUGGAGAAAUGGAUUGCAGUUAGUUGGUGAUUUAGUUAUCCUAUCAGCUAAGAACUCCAUAAAGUUUUUAGGUUUUAUCACUAGUGCAGCCUUUAACAGAGUUAAGAACCUGGUACUAAGACCACUGAGACCAUCGCCUAAGCAGAUACAGGCAUCAUGAAGCAUUUACCACUUUGUUACUUAAAUUGUAGAACCAUUGAAAACCAAUUGGGAUUUUAUGGUCACUGUUAACAAGCUCUUCCAAUUGUUUGACAAAAACAAAUAAAAAUGUUAUGUCUUUUGUAUAUAUUGUUGGCAAUAAAGAUUUUAAUGUAAAAA